AAUCAAAUCGCAAUUGAAGCUUCAACCUUUCGACAUUCACACGAUCCCGACGGCCAGCCCGAUACCACAAUCGCGUGGACUGUACGGUCUCCAAGUUGUGGAAAUACGUACCCGAACAGCCUCUGUACUCCCUGGAACCGGUCUCGACCGCGCGCUACGAUACGUCAGAUCCGAGCCAUACCAUUGGGAGUGCAAAAUCGAAGAGGGGGAAUAAUUGACGGACGAUCACUUCAGGGAAAGUAAAAUUGGCUACAGAGAGGAAGAUUUGGUCCUGUUUAAAAAAAAAGACGGAAUCGGUAUCAGUCAAAAUCCAGAAUUUGUAUGGUGAGCCCGUGAAAGCUCUAGCCAGCAAUAGGACCAAAACCACCGAAAACCAUCUCCAACUCCGAAAGCGCCUCCUCGGCAACCCUCGCCCACGAUGUUCACACCCACCCUCCGCAGCCUCUUCGCAAGGCUUCCUUCCCGAACCCCCCUAACCAACAUUCCCCUACGCACCUCUCCCCUCCCACCAACCCGCUCAACCGCUAUAACCCUACCAUCCCUCACCACCUCCUGCCAAAUGCUGCACACAACCAGCCCCCAAAACGCCAAACCCAACUCCCCGAAAUCCAAAUCCAAAUCCAAAGGCCAAGGAGGCGGACGCACGACGCGGCGAGGGAAGCGCGGCAAAGGCAAAGGCGAAGGCCCAGACCCACGUAUCGUGAACCUCAAAUCGUCGAUGCCGCGCGCGGUCCCCGCGCCGCUGCGAUUCGCGCGAAACCGCGCUUUGCGACACUGGACGAUCCAUCGGGCGUGGUUGCUGUAUCAGCGGAAGGAGCGGGUUAGGGAGGAGAGGGAGUUGGAGCGAAUGUACAACUCGAUGAACACAGCCUGCGAAGAACUGCGGAAGAUGAGCGGGCCGGGCGCGCGGCCGGAAGGAUACCUGUACCGUGUUGCGAUGGAGAAGAAGGGCAUCUACGGGCACGGCGGCAUCCCGAUCGAGUACGCGAGGGCGCAGACCGAGACGCCGGCGCGCGAGCCUUGGAAUCAUGGAUGGACGCGGUCGUGAGCUUUUCUACGUACUACGUGUGUCUAUGUCAUGUAGGUAGUGGUUGAGCUGCAGGAUAAUGCUGGUUGUUAAGUUUAGGGGGGCGUUGUACUAUAGAUCAUUCUCGAGCAUGCGGGGACUGGGAAAAAUCCGGAUGCAUGGGACUAGACUUUUGCUCUCCUGCUCUACACAUAUAUACACAGCCAUACGUGCGCGCAACAUACAUACUAACCGUACCUCCAUGUCUACACAUUGUACCAU